UGCUAUGAACAACAAUAAUAUCCAAUUUAUUUAUAACAUUAUAAUUAUUAUCAAAUUAUGUUUGACUUUAAAGUGUUGUCUUAAAUAACAAUCGAUUUGAAAGUAUUUGAUAAUUGAUUUACUCAUUGAUUACACAACAAAAACAAUGGACACAAAUACAGACAAAGAUGUGAUGACCACCGAUGACGACAAUAAACAACAAACUAAAACAACAACACAAGUGAAGAAAAAAGUACCCAAAAGUGCCGAUUAUUGGGACAAAUUGGCCAAAGAGUUAGAUGAAGAAGAGGACAAAGUGGAAGAUCAGGACCCGAAUGCACUGUUCCGUCAACUUUACCGCAAUUCAGACGAUGACACCCGACGGGCAAUGAUGAAGAGUAUGGUUGAAAGUAAUGGUACGUCACUGUCGAUGAACUGGAAGGAAGUCGGCAACAAAAAAGUGGAACCAUAUAAAUGUGAUGAAGACAGUGAUGAUGACAAAGACAAAGACAGUGAUGACAAGUGAUUGACCACUAAUCUAGUCUUUGCUAUCGUUUUGUUUAAUAUUUUCUCAAUACUUAUUGAAAAUCAUUUGUAAUUUUUCUACUUUUUUCACAAUAAAUGUUUAAAUCCAUAGAAUAUAUACUAUUGUUAUAAAUGAAUACUUUUGUAAAACUUUUUUCUAAAUUUUAAUUUAAUUAACAAACUAUUGAAUAAAGAAAUAUAAAUGAAAAGUA